GGCGUCGACGAGAUCCUCCUCCGGCGACUGGUCCCCGAUACCUGCCCCUUGGUCUAUUGUUGGAUUGGAUCAACCACCUCCAUCUUGGGAAGUUGUGAGAACUCCUGUUUUUGAUAUGAAGCCGACUUUGCAUCCAGUGGGCACACCCAAGUUCAACUUGAAAAAAGCUGCUCUUGGUGUGAGAAAAACUCCACCGACCAAUAAGAAAAGGAAAUCUCCAAAAGCAACGAAAGCAAGAGCCCAAUGGAAUUUGGGGCUUGAGAAAUCUCUGAUCGAUAUACUUCAUGAGCAUAAUAAUGACUAUUACAGAGCACAAAAUGGAUGGAGUGGGGACACUUGGAAUCGAAUGACGCAAUUAUUCCAGGAACGUAAUCCGCAGGUGAACUUCGUCAAAUCCCAGCUACAAGAUAAAGAAAAAGAACUCAAGAGAGAAUACAAGAUGCUCAAGGAAGCUCGGAUGCAAAGUGGCGCUGGUUGGGAUGAGAAGACCUGCAUGAUAGUUGCUGAGAAGGCUUUGUGGGAUAAUCUAGAAAUCUCCUUUCCAAGAAUUGGGAAAUUCAAGAGAAAUGGCUUUCCUAUGUAUGAUUCUCUUGGAGAUCUAUAUGAUGGUUAG